UGCAUUCUGCUAUCUCAGAUUUUUGCUCGCCUUUGGUAGCGAAGAUAUUGGAGCUUUCGACGACGUUCGCUGGUUUGUGGCGGAAUCCCUAGGUUCGUUCAAUUUGGCUCGACGACUGCAGGAAUUUAGAAUUUGGGUUUGUGUUCGGGAUUGGGUUUUCGGAGGAACAAGGCGGAAAAUGGUCAAUACCAGAGGCAAAAAGAAAUCUGAGAGCUUGAAUAAAACUAAGAAUGAAGCUUCUGAAAAUGCUUCAACUGAAAAACAAACUUCUGAGUCGCUGAUAGCGAAGAUGGAAGGAAAGCAUUUGGGGGCUGAAUUGGAAGAUAAAGAAGCAACAGUUGAUGAAAAUAUAAUUAAAAUAAAAGAAGCAUUGUGCGUGGAAGAAACUGAGAAAGCAGCAAAGGUAGACUAUUAUGAUGAAAAUACAGUUGAGACAGGCUCGUUUGAUGUGGCUGAAUCAGAUAAGUAUACUUCUGAAAAUGAUGAAAUGGAUGAUCAGGAAGAUGAACUGACGGAAGAUGAUGACGAAGAUUCUGAAAGGGAUGGAAAUCCUAUUGAUGAAGAUGAAGUUGAUGAAGAUGAGGCAAUAGAGGACGAUGAUGAAGAUGAUGACUGGGAUAAACCAAGUGAGGAAAAAGCUAUUGAAGAAGAUAGUGAAGAGAUUGAAUACAGCGACGAAGAGUCAAUGGAAGAUGUCAGUGAUGAACAUGCUCAAAAUGAUGAAGAGCUAGCAAUAGUUGUUCGGAAGGACACUGAAGUGCAAGACGUACAAAAGGUGAAAGUAAGUUCAAAGACGAUUGAGGAACCAAAUCAAAAAAGUGGAAAGUUGAAUAAGAUUGAGAAAUUGGGAGAAAGAAGUGAAAAGUUGAAGAAGAAUGAGAAAUCGGGUGAAGGAAGUGGAAGGUUGAAGAAGAUUGAGGAACCGAGUGAAGGAAGUGAAAAGUUGAAGAAGAUUGAGGAAUCAAGUAAACGAAGUGGAAAGUUGAAGAAGAUAGAGGAAUCAAGUGGAAGGAGCAAAAUGAAAGUCCAAGCUCAAAGGCUGAAGAAAAUGGAAUCAAGAGACAAGCCCGAAUCAUCAAGUAAACAAAAGAGAAAGAAGAGAGUUGAGAGCAUGGGAAUGAUUUUCAUGUGCAGUUCCAAGACAAAGAAGGACUGCUAUCAGUACAAGGUUCUUGGUCUUCCAGAAAGCAAGAAAGAUAUUGUGGAAAAGAUUUAUGCUGGGAUGCGGCUAUUCUUAUAUGAUGUUGAUCUAAAACUGUUGUAUGGAAUCUAUAAAGCUGCAGGACCUGGAGGUUUUAACAUUGAGCCGAGGGCCUUUAAAUCACAGUUUCCAUCCCAGGUACGGUUCACUACUUUGGACGAUUGCUUGCCUUUACCAGAGGAGAAAUUCAAGAAGGUUAUAAAGGACAAUUACUUCACAAAAAGCAAGUUUGAUUGCAAGCUCAAUUCCGACCAGGUUAAGGCAUUGUGUAGAAUGUUUGUUGCCUCGAGCAAAGGAAAACGGCCUAAAAGGGUCAGCAGACCCGAAAAAGAGCACCCUGUACAAAGAGACAGAGCUAGAAAGCAAAGAGUCGGCGACAAGAGGCGCCGUGAGCCAGAAGAUGAUCCCCGGUACAACAAUCGUUCUCCUAAGCACUCUAGGAGAGUUUCUAGCUCAGUAGUAGCACUGCGUCGAUCCCCAUCUGCUCUAGCCCCUAUGUCACCUCCCCAUGCUUACGGGAGGACUACUGAUGUCGACCCUUAUGGGAGAGCUUCAUAUUUGGAUGGUCGGAGCCAUUAUAGAGAAAGAAAAGAUAGAAUAAUAAGGCCCCGUGAAUCUUACAGAGAUUUGCGUGAUCUUGACCUGGUGUCUCGCUAUCCAGCCCGCUCUGAUCCUUACUAUCUUCCACUUAGAGAUGGUCGAGAUUCCUAUUUGGACCGGAGCAGUCCGUACAGAGAUGAACGGGAUCAUUACAUAGUGGGAAUUCGCGAAUCAUACAGAGAUUCAUAUGCGGAUCGCCGCCUGUCAUACAUUGACAGACCGUAUUCAGUGGCUUACAGCUCUAACAAGAGUGAUCCGUUGUCAGGUCGUGACGAUGUCUACAGGGGAAUUGAGUUCAGUGACUCUUACAGGCGAGAACUGUUUGAACAUGACGAUGACAUCAGGAGGCGCCGCGGCAUUGGCAGCCGUGAUCUCUAUCCUGCAGCAUACCAACAACCAUCGUAUGUCGAGCCCGUUUACUCCGCAGAAUAUCCUUCUCGGACUGUCCUGGCACGCGAGUACCAUAUUUAAAAUGUUCAAUAGGAGACCGUUUUCCUUGUCGAGACAACUCGGGCUGAUGUUGUAAGGUUUAUGAUGUGUGUCGGGACUUUUCGGCAGGUAUAUUGUGUGCUGGUUCUCUGAGUCAUACUAUUUUCUGCUGCGACGAACAAAGCUUCUGUUUAGGAUUAAAUUGGAAAUGUUCGUGUUUCUGUGGCAAUAAUGACAAUGGUAUGAUGUGUUAUUUUUA